AAUGACCUAAAGAAGCAUUUUAUUUUUAUUGAUCGCAAUAUGGCAGCACAAGUGCAGCAGCAGCUCGAGGGCAUGGUCCCCGAGUUGCGCAAGUUGACCGAGCUACAAAUAUUCACAGAUGAAGAAGUACGAGAUAUAGUAGAGCGGCGUAGAAAAUUCGAAUAUGCAGUAAUCAGUAGCGAUCUAGUAUACUCACGCAACUCCUACCGAGAAUACAUCAGUUAUGAAAUUGAACUGGACCGCGUUCUCCAAAAGCGGCUGCGGAAGGUCAAGUCCUCAGAUAAUAGUGCUAGUGUGCGCUAUACAGUGCCCUCGGACCGUGGUAACGUGCCCAUCAAGGUAAUAGUACGACGCCGUAUACACAGGUUGUUCAACCGAUGUCUAAAAAGGUUCGUUACCAACAUCGAGCUGUGGAAGGAGUAUUGCGCGUUCUGCUAUCGCAUAAAGGCAUUCGGCGUCAUGAAUCGUGCCAUAAUGGACGCGCUGUCUAAAAAUCCGACAUGUGAAGCGCUGUGGAAGAUUGCAGUAAAGUACACCCUGACACUUAACGGAAGCAUUGCCGCAAGAAAUGUCAUUCAACUGGCCCUGCGUGCAAACCCAAGGAGCUUAUCUUUAUUCAUGCUACUCCUGGAACUGGAAGUACAAGCUGGAUACAAGAUUCACGAGUUAUCUGAGUCGCCUACAGAUGACAAUUAUGAAGAGCCGGUUGAACUGUCCACUAAAACGUGGGUAACAAUCCUGCGACAUAGCUUAAAGACUUUAAAGGAUGGUGACGUGUUCCGAAUGCUGUUUUUUGGAGCAUCUAUAUGCGCCCGUGUGAGUCGCGUGACGUCGUUCACCCAAGCACUCAAUGAUUAUGACGUCUUUGCAAAGUUGUUGUUCGAUGAAAUGUUUUCUCGACGGGAUAAAUACCCGCUGCUAGGGCUUUAUAUAUGGCAGCAUAGGUUGCUGGAGGCCAUCGUGUCACAGAAAACGGAAGGCAUAGAUUCGAUUGAUCCCAAUGAAGUAUUCACAGCUAUGAUUGACGACUGCGAGUCUAACCCAGGAAUGACCACCUUGAUUGCCCGGUUUAUAGACGUGGUACUAACUGAACAAGGAUAUAAUGAACCGUCAGAUGCUGGCACAACAGAUGAAAUACUAUGGUAUACAGAUGUAGAUGGCGGUGAUCAGGAUGACACCAAUGGUAGCUUACAUGAUACUGACCUUGGCCACCCAUGCGAUGCCGAGAUAGAUAUCUAUUGUGAAGGUGUAUCCAUACUAAAGGAUAUCUGCUUCCUGAGAAUCACACCUGAAAUAUACGACCAACUGUCACAGAAUUGUGAGUUCACCAGGCGCAUGCUCACCCGCAAGCAGUUGACACAACUCAAAUGCAUAUAUCGCAAUUUCGUUCUUCAGAAAGUACAAAACACCGUUAUCGCUCUGAAGAAUGCAGACAAUGAUAUUGUCGACACUGUUGCCAGCUCUGCCGAUGAUGUUGUACGGCUUGUUAAAGGGCAUCUACAGGGCUUUGCAUCCACAGUUUCAGUAUACAGCCUGUGUAUAGGCAUGUGCAAACAUAUGCCCGAGGAUAUAUUAGUACCGUUCUCGACCAUGGUAGAGUCAAAUGUACUCAAGGUACUGGCCAGGAACGAUGUGAAGGAGCACAUACGCAUUGGAGUCACGCUACUGAUUCUAGGUUGGGAUCGAGUUACGCCAGAACGUAAGCUUGCACUUUUAAAGUCAUGCACAGUGGCACUUAACCGAGACCAGCUGCUGCUAGGUGUAGAUAUCGUACUAGAAUCGGGCCAAGAACCUCUGGUUCAGCUUGUUAUGCAUUUGCUAGAUGCUAGUGGCAAGCUGAUAGUAGAGGACAUUGCUGAUGGCGGUACCCUGAUCAACGCAUUGCUUAGCAAAGUGGAGAAACAAGUGCCAAACCUAGUUGAAUACCUAAGCCAUUGGGAUUCCAACACAAACUCACAUCGUAACGUCGACGUUAUAACGGUGGCCACCGCCCUAUGGUGCAUAGCACGCAUAAUGGCCACGGUAGAUACAAAGCUAAAGGUUAUAGGCUCUACUGACUCCACACCAGAUGAAUGCAAUGCUAUAUCCCGAGAGUCAAGCGGUACUGUACACCACGUAAUCAAGCUAUGUGAAGAAGCGGUUAAUGCCAGUUCACGUAUCACAAUACAGGAUCGUGGACUGCAAGCAAUUUUCCAAAGCAGAUGCUGGAGCAGAUACCUGCAGUGUGCCAAGUGGAUCGAGGAGUUGCAGCUACUGUAUCCCAUGCUGGAAAUAAACGAUAUUGAAUUGACCUCGGAUACCGUAGCAUCACGAGCUUACGCCCAGUUGGGAACAGGGUUCAUCAGUAACCUAAAACAUUAAAUAAUAAGUGCUAUCGCCAAUUCUCCUUG